GACGAGAAAGAAAAAAUAUGGCUUCCUAUUCAGUUAACUCGUAAUUCUCUUGUACGUGACUUAUUAAGAUAAUUGCAUAUUACAGUUUAUAAGUUACGAACAAGAACUUCCAGAAAAAUACGUUACAAUAAGGACAAUAUUUAGGCUUCAUACCAGUGAUUGUUAGCAGGUAAACGAAAUGGAAGUGUGAGGUCAUUGUUCGACGUUUUAGGGCAUCCAUGGUUCCGGACUGGUUGAAGGCGUUGUUCGUGAGUAGUGUUUGAUAAUGUUGAUGUUCGCAGGCAGCAAUGUCGUGGCGUGGCCGCGAAGAACGAGGCUCACGAUGGAACGAGCAUGACACACGGUGGAGUGAGAACAGGCAGCGGUCACCUGUAUGGGAACCGCGCUCGCCGCGUUGGAGCACCAGCCCCGACCGGCGCGACCGUCAUCGUGACCGCCACGACCGCGACCGCCACAACGAUGACCGUCGUGAUCGGCAUGACCGCGAUACUGACCGCCACCGUAACGAACGUAAUCGCGAUCGCUACGACAGGAAUCGUGACCGUGAACGUGAUCGGGACCGUGAUAGAGACCGCCGUCGGUCACCGCGUCGCUACGAGGACGACAAAGACAUUCCUGCGGCUCCUUCACCGCCUAAGAUAAGUAGUGAUGUUGAAAAACGCUCAAACUCUGGUUCGCGUAGCAGAUCACGCAGCAGGGAACGGGACGAAAAUGAUAAGUUUGAUAAAGAUAAACAGGAAGACCCCAGUGCCAUAAUAGCUUCCCCAGGGGACUGGUUCUGCAAGUGUGGUCUUUACAAUUUCAAAAGGCGCCAGGUUUGCUAUAGAAGAAAUUGCCUAGGCAAACGUUCAGAAGGUAUUGUUUAUGGAGGUGACACAGAUAGAGCUGCAUUUAAUGAAGCUGCAGGAAUCACUAAGCGCUUAUUAUUUAGGCGGCUCGAUGCAUUAACUACUGAAGAGAAAAUUCUUGAUUCCAUUAAAGAUCGGUGUUCAAAAUCUGUUUUAGAUUCUAUAGCAGGCAUAACUAUAGGUCGUGAAACCUUGACAGGAGCUUCAAAAUGUUUAGCAUAUAUAAAUUUUAAUUCUAUAGCAGAUUCUACUGCUGCUCACUCUGAAUUAGUUUCUUUACAACCUCCCCUAGAAAUAGAUGGGCGUGAAGUGUUGAUAACAUUCUAUAAUGAACCAAAAAAGAUUCAAAAGCUUACCAAUGCUGAUUAUUCCACAUAUUAUGCUCAAAUGGCAAGUUAUUCUGGUUCCACUCAAGCUUUGUCUGAGGCAGAUAGAGUGAAUGCUGCAGCUGCAGUAGCUCAAUCUGCCAUAUCUGCAGCACAAGCCCGUCAAAUGGCUUGGACCCCUGUCGCUGUUCCUACAUUUGUUGCUUCUGCUGCUCAGCCUUCUCCUGCUGUCAAUAUACCUACAGGGGAUGCUAAAACAAAAUACAGUGCACCUGAUGUCCGAACUUUUAUGUAUGAUGAAACAUCAGGAUAUUACUAUGACCCUGCAACUGGCUUAUAUUAUGAUGGUAAUACCCAGUAUUUCUAUAAUAGUACAAUUAAUCAGUAUAUGUAUUGGGAUGCCACUAGCUCAACAUACAUAGCGGCUACACAGAAUCAACAAAAUACUGAUCAAACAAAGUUGCCAAACCCUCCACAAGCCACAAGUGAAAAUACAAUUGGCAAAGAUCCACCUGAAGAAAAGAAAAAGAAGGAGAAAGAAGAUAAAGUCAAAGUUGCUAAAAAGAUAGCAAAAGAUAUGGAGAGGUGGGCUCGUACCUUAAAUCAGAAGAAAGAAAAUGCGCGUAGCAAUAUUGUGAUGGAACAGCCCCUUGACAUGGGUGCUAGCAAGGGAUCUGCAGAUAUAGGUUUCUCUGUCUUAGGUGCUGGGCCUUCCAUUACUCAUGUACGAGAAAUAUCUCCACCACCAGUUUCUACUGAUGAGUUUUUAGUUAAAAAAGUAGUAGAUACAAACACAUCCUUUGAUAAUGAUGAAGGUAUUAUAGAUUGGAUGAAAUUGACAUGCCUUCUUUGUAAACGUAAAUUUCCAUCUGCUGAUGUGCUUACUAAGCAUAAAUCUAUGUCUGAAUUGCAUAAACAGAAUUUAGUUGAGUACCGUAAAAAGAGUGAAUUAUUACCACAAACCAAUGGCUAUAGGGACAGAGCAGCAGAACGUAGAAUGAAAUUUGGUGAAGAUGAGCCCCCUAUCAGGAAGAGAUAUGAGCCACCAGAAGUAUUGAGAGCUUCUAUACAAUCGCACCCACCACCUUCAGUUGUGGAUACCAUAGGAGGUAAAAUGUUGCAGAAAAUGGGCUGGUCUGAAGGCCGAGGAUUAGGAAAAGAGGAGCAAGGCAGAAUAGCUCCUAUUGAAGCAGAACAGAGACCUGGUUUAGCUGGCCUUGGACAAAAGAGAGGUAUCUACACUCCCACCCCUGGGGAAACAUACAGAGAUACAGUUAAGAAACUAAUGAUAGCCAGAUACAAAGAAGUGGUUGGACAAGAAGAUGAGAAAUAGAUUGGCGCCGUUACACCAUGAGGCCAGACAAAGCAUAGCGUCCUUACAUGAGAGUCUACGCCUGCCAUCGGAUCUUCGUGCCAAACAUUGUUACAAUACAACCUGUAUAAUAUACCUUAGAGAAUGCUCUUAAUACUCAUAGGCUUAAAACGUUUUGUAAAUACUUGAAAUGGUUAAUUUUCCAAAAUAAAUUCAUAAUAUGUAAAGUCAUUAAUAGCGCGUUAAUAUUUUGUAAUCAAAUUACUUGAUUAAUUAGUUUUAAUGAAAACGAUAAUAUUAUUUUCUGUUUAGUUUGACCUUGAUGUUUUUUAUAUCCUUAACUUAUUUUAGAUUAAAGUUUAAUUUAUUCUUUUAUUCCGUUUUAAUCGAAAUUGAGGGAAGUUAUCAAUUUGAUUUAUUAUAGGUAUGUAGAUAGAAUCCAUUUUCAUACAACAUAUUAUCAACUUAACGUACCUAUUUAAAAUUAUAUGGGCGAUGUAGGUUUACAAAAGAACAAUGUCUUAUUUUUGCAUUUAAUUAUUAAGGUAUAUAUUUGGUAGGUAGUUAGGAUUAGUUAUUAGGUUAGAUUUUAAACAAUAGUAUAAUUAAAACUCGGUUGCUAUUUAGUAUUUUUUUUACUAUUUUUAAAUGUAGAGAGAUUCUAUUUUGAAGUAAUAAUAGCGUUACAAUUAUUGUAAUUAGGUAACAAUGUAAAUAUUUUGAAUAAGUUAUCUCUUAACGUACGGUUAAAAAAAAAAUGCUUUGGAUUAUUAAGUUAAUAAUUAUGAAUAAAACUUAUUAUUUAUGCAUUAUUAAGUGCUCAUUUAUUGAUGUAUAAUAUUAGUAACAAGGAAGUAAGCUACACAUUUUUUAUGUGCAAUUUGAUUAUAUUGUUGUAUUAGUAAGCUCUUUGUUUCAUUUCAAUCUUUAGCUUAUA